GUCCUGGAGCGCGCGCGCACGUCAGUCGUUCCGAUUGUUCCAGUAAAAUAGCAGCGGCGCGGCGAGGACGCUGAGCAAUCGGACACGGAUCCCUGUUGGUCACCGUGCGCUAGCGCUGUGGUGCGAGAUGCCGGGCCAGGGUCACGGCCACGGCCAGAGCCUGACUCCGCACGUCUAUUGGGCGCAGAGGCACGGCGAGCUGUUCCUCAGGGUGGACCUGAGUGAUGUGCAGAAACCUGACAUCAAGAUCAUUGAAAAUACUCUUUUCUUUAGAGCACAUGGCCAUGGGGCAAAAGGAGACAAUGCCUAUGAAUUCUGCUUGGCAUUCCUAGAAGCUGUGAGUCCUGAGCUGCUGUUCAAAACCACAGAAAGACAAGUAAAUAUAACAGUGAAGAAAAUGAAGAGCAAAUGGUGGGACAGACUGACUAAACAAGAAAAGAAACCAAUAUUCUUGGCUCCUGAUUUUGACCGCUGGCUGGAUGAAUCUGAUGCUGAAAUGGAACUUAAGGCAAAGGAGGAAGCGGAAGAGGUUAAUAGAAUGAGUGUGGAGUCAAGGGUUCGAAAGAACUCCUUUGUCACGUUGAGGACUGGUUACCUCUUUAUGUAUAACCUGGUGCAGUUUCUGGGCUUCUCUUGGAUUUUUAUCAAUAUGACAGUGAGACUCUUUGUCUUCGGCCAGGAUUCUUUAUUUGAUACAUUCCAUGCAGUAGGUGACAUGAUGAACAUUUGUCAGAUACUUGCAAUAAUGGAGGUUAUAAACCCGCUGUUGGGAUUAGUGAGAACAGCAUUGGUACCUGCAAUAAUCCAGGUAAUGGGAAGGAUCAUGAUUCUGUUUGUGGUGAUAGGGAAUCAGGCGGAAAUGCAGAAUAAAGCAGCAGUUUUUGCCGUCUUUUACCUCUGGAGCAUCAUUGAAAUGUUCCGGUAUCCCCACUACAUGUUAUCAUGUAUAGGAACAGAAUGGAAAAUCCUGACCUGGAUCCGAUACACCAUCUGGAUCCCUCUUUAUCCACUGGGAGUAAUUUCAGAAGCGGUUUGUGUGGUUCAAUCUAUUCCAUACUUUGAAGAAACUGGAAGAUUUACUAUCCAGCUGCCCAACCCACUCAACAUCUCAUUCAGUUUUUCAUAUUUCCUACGAGGUUACCUUAUUAUGAUGUUCUUGGGUUUACUUGUUAAUUGCCGACACCUGUACAAACAACGUUAUAAGCGUCUCCGACCAAAGAAGUACAAGAUGUAUUAGAAGGCUUGACUCAAAGAAACACUUCAAUCAAUUCAGUGUAUCUUCCCUUUCUAUUAAAAAUAUCAUUUUGUAGAAAAUGAAGAAAGUCACAGUAACCAUGUUCUCUUUGGCUGCCACCCUCAGGUGCAGGCACUCACCUCAUUGUUGUUUUGCUGCGAAUGUAACCAAACCCAUUCCUUCAUACCUCAUUCCAGCUUUAUUAUUUUCCUUGUAUACAUGUUUGAAGAAAUCCAUAUCUUGUGUGAGGAAAAUUGAUUUGUGACUAUCAUUUUACACUUAGAAAAAAUUGCAAUUUUUCAAUUUGUUUUUGUAUUUCACUUUGUUAACUGGCUGAUGGACUUAAAUGAAGGUGUGAAUUCUGGUAUCCCAAUAAUUAGGUGGGCAUUAUUAGAUAAAUUAAUCUUCACUCUUUCUGGAAUAAUUAAUUUUGAGUAUGUGGUUUUAAUCUUCAUUACAUCGUUUAAACAAGAAAUCCAUUACAGGUUGUACACUGAAAUGAGUGUAAAGGUACAAAAUUACCCUACUGCUGUGCUACCUGAGAUUCGUGCUUUAGAAUAUUUCUCAAAAUUCAAGGUAAAUUUUAUUAUGUCACUAUACAACCCUGAGAUUCAUUUCCCUGUGGACAUACUCAGCAAAUCUAUAGAAUAGUAACUAUAACAGGAUCAAUGAAAGAUCAACCAGAGUGCAGAAGACAACAAACUGCAAAUGCAAAUAUAAUAAAUAGCAAUAAAUAAUGAGAACAUGAGAUAGAGUCCUUCAAGUGAGAUCAUUGGUUGUGGGAACAUCUCAGUAGAUGGGCAAGUGAGUGUACUUAUUUUCUUUUGUUCAAGAGCCUGACGGUUAAGGGGUAGUAACUGUUCUUGAACCUGUUGGUGGGAGUCCUGAGGCUCUUGUAUCUUCUACCUGAUGGCAGCAGUGAGAUCCCUCUUGGUUGUGGAUGAUGAUGAUGAUGCUUUCCUACAGCACUGUUUCAUGUAAAUGUGCUCAGUGGUUGGGCUCUUUAUCCAUGAUGUGCUGGGCCAAAUCCACUAACUUGCAUAGGAUUUUCCAUUCAAGGCCACUGGUGUUUCCAUACUGGUCAAUGAUGCAGCCAGUCAAUACACUCCCCACUACACAUCUAUAGAAGUUUGUCAACGUUUUAGAUGUCAUGCUGCAUUUCCGCAGACUCCCAAGGAAGUAAAGGUGUUGCUGUGCUUUCUUCACAAUUGCACUUGCGUGCUGGGUCCAGGACAGAUCCUCCGAAAUACUAACACCCAGGAAUUUAAAGUUACUAACCCUCUCUUACCUCCAAUGAGGACUAGCUCAUGGACCCCUGGUUUCCUUCUCCUGAAGUCUAUAAUCAGUUCCUUAGUCUUGCUGAUAGUUAGUGAGAAGUUGUUGUAAUGACACCACUGUGUCAUUACUAUACUACUGAUAGGCUGUGACUUCCUACUGUGUUUUGGACGUGCAAUGCAGAUAUAAUUGCUUUGGCCCAUCAACUCCAUAUUGAGCAUUAAGUGCCUUGUUACAUAUAGUUUAGUCUCUGCUCUUUUGAUUACCAUGGCCAUGUAUCACUGCAGAAUUUGGCAGCUUUAAAAAAAAUUCUGUCUCUCGUAUAGACACACACCUAACUUUUAAUCCAGGUCUUAAACAUAAGCAAGUGUUAUAGCAGCCUAGAUAACCUAUCUGCUUCAGAUUUAAUGUAAGUUAUAUAUAUAUAUGCUUUGUUUCUGUCAUUCAAUCACGUGAAUUGAACUGUGUAUAACAUUAUUUGACCUGCACUGAAAUCUAUUUUAUACAUUAAAAUAUUGUUAUUGGUUACUGAGGUGGCCAAAAAGUUAACAUUUCUGCAGUGUCACUGAACCCUAGAGUUAAUGACUGUGCAUUCCCUCCUGCUAGUGAUUUUUACUAAGUGGGCAGCACGUGUACAUUUAUGAUUGAAUUGGAGGGAAGUGAUCAAGGUAAAUGACACUUAAAAAGGAACAUUUCUUAGGUGAAAUCGCUAGUAGCAGAAUAAUAAUGAUAUAAACUUUAAGGGUGACAUCUAUAAAAAAAGGAAUUUAUAAAAUAACAUUUACUGCACAAAACUUUCUAGCUCUAAACUUAAAAAAAGUCAGCACAUUUAGGCUUUGCCAGUGUUGUGCUUCAGAAAAGCCUCUACCCAACCAGUGUAACCAGCACUUUUGUAUGACU